GACGAAGCAAUUGCGAUGUUCAAGAAGUCGCUAACUGAGGUGCAGGACCGCGCUGUGCGCGUGAUGCUGCGCGAAGCGGAACGCGCGCGCGACGCGGCAGCGGAGGCGGCGUAUCGCAAUCCGGAGCUCGCGGAACAGCACCGACAGAAAGGCAACGAGUACUUCAAACAGAAAGACUUUCCGCGCGCGAAGGUGGAGUACGACGAAGCGAUCAAGCGCAACCCCGAAGAUGCGCGGCUCUUCAGCAACCGCGCGGCGUGCUACAGCAGCCUUUUCGAGUACCCGAGCGCGAUUGCCGACUGCGACACGUGCUUGAAACUUGACCCGAACUUCGUGAAGGCCUACAGCCGUAAGGGCUUUUGCUAUUUGAAGCUGAAGGACUACAACAAGGCGAAAGAGGCGUACGAGGCCGGGCUAGCGAUAGACCCGCAGCACGCUGAGUGCCGCAACGGGCUCGCUGCCGUGCAGCGCGCGAUAAUGGAGCAGAUGACCGAGAAGGUGGACGAGUCGCAACUGCAGCAAGCACUCUCCGACCCUGAGAUUCAGAAGAUCUUGGCAAACCCACAGAUGCAGCUGGUCCUCAAGCAGAUGCAGGAAAACCCGCAGGCGAUUCCGCAGUACUUGGCAGACCCGAACAUCAAGGCUUCGCUCGAGAAGCUGAUGGCCAGCGGCGUGCUGCGUUUCGGCGGCAAGGCGGAAUAA